AUGGCUUCAACAAUGGGUGGUUUGGUGCAAUUAUGGAACGAGUGGGAAAUCCAGUUAGUGGUGCUCCUCAGCUUCAUUUUGCAAAUCUUCCUCUUUGUCACCGGCAGCAUCAGACGGUAUAACAUCAACAUAUUUCUCAGACUUGUCAUAUGGUUAGCCUAUGUGGGGGCAGACAUGGUUGCAGUAUAUGCCCUUGGCCUUAUCUCCCGAAAUGUUCAGAGUGCCAAUACAUCAGAUGGAUCUGGUAGGAGCAGCAACAGAUUAGCAUUCUUCUGGGUACCUUUCCUCCUCAUCCACCUCGGUGGGCAGGACACCAUGACAGCUUUCUCCAUUGAGGACAACAACCUAUGGUUGAGGCACCUGCUGAACUUGUCCAUCCAAGUCUACCUUGCCUUGUACGCCUUUUGGAAAUCGACAGGUCGGCACAGCUUGCAGCUUUUAGCUCCAGCCAUUCUUGUGUUUCAUGCUGGGAUAAUCAGAUAUGGAGAGAGGACAUGGGCACUCAAGUGCGGUAGCCGAGAUGGCCUGAAAGAAACAAGUUGGCAAUUGCCAAAACUGAAUGUUGAGAUUGACAAGGGAAGCUAUCUUGACACAAUCUGCUAUGUUCUAAAAUCAAUCCUUUGUGUGCACGACCUCUUUUCAGGACGCACCAUCUCGCAAAUGAAAGAGCGUCAUGUCUUCAGGUUCCAAGGAGAUAGGCCCCUAGAGCAGGUAUCCAAGUUGCUGGAGGUUGAGCUUGCCAUGAUGUAUGAUGAUCUGUACACCAAGGCCAUGGUUCUUCGGAUAAGGAGUGGUUUUAUACUCCGGUGCAUCAGCCAUGUCUUUAUGAUUGCUGCAUUUGUGCUUUUCCUAACUGCAUGCAGCAAACAACAAUACAACAGAGCUGACAUUGCAAUCACCUAUGUGUUAUUCAUCGGCGGUUUUGUUCUUGAUGUUUGCUCUAUCUUCCUUGUUGCCAUGUCACCAUGGACUUGGGCAUUCUUCAGAGCUCAAAAUUGCCAUAGGCUAGCCCACAUAUCCUGGUUAAUUCUGUGUAGUCAUAUUGGUUGGCCAGAGAAGAGGCCACUGUGGUCAAAUUCCAUGGGACAGUUCAGCUUCUUGAGCUCCUGCAUAGGAUUUGACGAGCCAAGGUCAUCAUCCAAAAUGUUGACUAUCCUAAGAAAGAUGCUGAAUGCAGUCAACAAGAAGCUCUGGUUCAGAAAGAUAUGGCACACCAAGCAUGCCAAGGUGAACAAGGAUAUCAUGGAGAACGUCGUGACAUGGGUGAGACGUCUUGCUCGCGAAGAGUUUACGAGGAUUAUACAGGAGCAAAACUGGGUAAAUCUUCAACCUAUUAUCAAUUGCACGCUGAACAUUCCUGCUAAUUCAUUUGGUAAUAACAUUGUUCUCCUGCAUAUAUACACUGACCUGCAUUUGCGAAAACAACCUGACUUAAAUGUCAUUGGUAGCGAGGCAACAUCAACCAGUACCGCUGAUAUCAUGGACACAUGCAGAAAGAUAUCCAAUUACAUAGCCUACCUCUUGGUUAUGCAGCCUUCCAUGUUGCCACUGAGUGGUUCUGCACAGGACACGAUAGCAUCAUUCUAUGAGAAGAUCAUCAACAAAGGCAGCAGAAAACAGGAUGUUCUGGGGACUUGUUACCAGCUAGUGGAAGAUCACCUGGAGUUUGGUUAUGAGGAAUGCCUCACAGAGCAGGAGGAGCCUCGGGCAUGGCUCGAGACGCUGGUGGAGAUUAGAGAUAUGUGGAUGAGGCUUCUCAUUUAUGUUGCUGGCAAGUGCCAAGUGGAGCUGCACGCUCAGCAGCUAGGCAGAGGAGGAGAGCUCCUCACCUUCGUCUGGUUGCUCAUGGUGCAUCAUGACAUUGGAGCUGUUGCCCAGCAGUGCAUUCAGAAGAACAUUGAGCAUGUCAUGUUAGACAUGGGUUGGAUUUCUCAAAUUCCAAUGCUACUGUGUGAACAUAUGGUGAGCAUUACAACAGGUGUUGUGAGCCUUGUACUCGAGAAGAUCUCCACCCUGAUAGAGAAGGAGUACAGUAAGCUGAAGGGCGUGCGCGAUGAGAUCCUCUCACUCAAGGAUGAGCUAAGCAGCAUGAACGCUCUCCUCCUGAAGUUGUCAGAUAUUGAAGACCUUGAUGUUCAGGUGAAGGAAUGGAGGAACCAAAUCCGAGAGCUGUCCUAUGAUAUCGAGGAUUGCAUUGACAACUUCAUGCACCAAGUUGGUAGCAGCUCCAACAACUCUGAUAUGAAAUGUUUCUGCAGAAAGAUCAUUCACCAGGUGAGGGCACUUGGAGCUUGUCAUGCCAUCGCAAACAACAUACUGAAGCUGAAGGCUCGUGUUGAUAGUGCAAGUGAGCGACGGAUGAGGUACAACUUUGAUGGGGUCAUCUCAAGUUCUAGUGCUGCUGCACCUGCCGACCCUCGAUUACCAGCACUGUAUGCAGAAGUAGAAAGCUUAGUUGGUAUUGAUGAACCAACCAAUGAUAUGAUCAAGUGGUUAACAGAAGGAGGUGACUCAGUACAAAAGCUAAAGGUGGUAUCGAUUUGGGGACCUGGAGGUUUAGGCAAGACCACUCUUGCCCGUCAAGUAUAUGAUAAAAUUGCAAGGCAAUUUGAUUACCGAGCGUUUGUGUCAGUAUCCCAGAAACCUGAUAUGAGAAAAAUAUUCAGAAAUAUACUAACUAGUCUUACUGGGGUGGAGCACGUAGGCAUUGAAGCAUGGGAUGAAGAGCUGCUCAUCAAUAAACUGAGGGAUUUCAUCGAUGGUAAAAGGUACUUUAUUGUAAUCGAUGAUAUCUGGAGUACCACAGACUGGCAAACAAUCAGAUGUGUUUUGCUGGACAGUAACAUUGGCAGUAGAGUAUUAACCACGACACAAAUCAGUUAUGUAGCAGAAUCAUGUUGUCUUUCUGACCAAGAUAAAGUUUUUGAAAUGAAACAUCUAAGUGCCAUUCAUGCUGAAAAGUUAUUUCUCAAAAGAAUAUUUGGAUCAGGAGACAAUUGCCCUCCACACUUAAAAGAGGUGUCAGAUGACAUAUUAAGAAGAUGUGGUGGUUUACCGUUAGCUAUCAUCACUAUGGCCAGUUUGUUGGUGAAUAAACCACAAACAGAAGAACAAUGGGAGAAGUAUCGAGAUUCUAUUGUUGAAAAUGAUCCAAUUGUGAAAAAGAUGCAAGAAAUCCUCUCUCUUAGUUAUACUGACCUUCCUCAUCAUCUUAAGACAUGCUUACUAUACCUCAGUACAUUUCCAGAAGAUUUCAUAAUAGAAAGGGAUCGACUAAUAAGGAGAUGGAUAGCUGAAGGUUUCAUUGCUACAGAAGGUGGACGCAGCCUAGAGGAUGUUGGUGAACAUUAUUUUAACGAACUAAUUAGCAGGAGCUUGAUACAAGUAGUUGGAAUCAAAUAUGAUGAUCGAUCUAACACUUGCCGAGUACAUGACAUGGUUCUUGAUCUUAUUGUGUCCAAGUCAAUUGAAGAAAACUUUAUAACAUUUAUUGGUUAUCAGAAUCGUGUGUGCGGACUACAAGAUAAGGUUCGUCGGUUGUCCCUUAAGUGUCAUCAUCGAGAUGGUCAUGCAAGGCCUUCAACAAGGGAUGUUUCUUGUGCCCGUUCAUUCACUGUUUAUGGGUCGACUAAUCAUAUGCCACCUAUUUCAGAGUUUCAGUCUUUGCGUGUGAUUAACAUAGAAAAUAAUGAUACAUUGGACAAUCAUUACCUUAAUGGUAUAGGAAGAUUGUUUCAGUUGAAAUAUUUAAGGCUCAUUGAAGUAAGCAUCAGUAAACUUCCUGAGGAAAUAGGUGAACUACAACAAUUGGUGACAUUAGAGCUAGAACAUACUAAGAUAAAAGAAUUACCCAAAGGUAUUACUCGGCUUAAGAAUCUGGUGUUUUUACGUGCUGAUUACAAGAGCCUGCCCAAAGGAAUUGGAAACAUGAAGGCUUUGCAGAAACUUUCCUGGGUAAAAGUUAAUAGUACUGCCCCUUCGGUAACAUUGCAAGAAAUGGGCGAUUUAACUGAAUUAAGAUAUCUUGAUUUGAGUUGGUGUAUUGAUGAUAUGUACAGUGGCAUGAAAAGUUAUACGGAAAGUUUUGUUUCAUCCAUCAUUAGACUGUGCCAGCACAAGCUUCAGUAUCUACGUAUCCGAUCUGAUGUUAGUAAAGGAUGCUCUCUCAAAUUCAUGUUGGAUUCUUGGUCGUCGCCUCCCCAUCUCCUUCAGAAGUUUGACAUGUUCACAGACUACUAUUUUCCUAGAAUUCCAGAGUGGAUGGCCUCUCUGUCUAAAAUCACCUUCCUAGACAUUAGUGUUAAUCCUGUGGGAAAGGACACUCUGAGGAUUCUUGGUAACUUCCGUUCCCUGAAUGCUCUCAGGCUAUGGACAAAAACAGUAGCCUCCAAGGGAGAAUUUAUCGUACGUAACAUUGGAUUCCCAUGUUUGGAAGAAUUCUACUUUGGUUUUUGGAGGGUUCAGAUGGGGCCAAUAACAUUUGAGGUUGGGGCCAUGCCCAAGCUUAAAAAGUUCCUUUUUGAUAUAAAAGCGCAAGGAGCAGGCCCUCCAUCUGGAGAUUUUGAUAUAAGCAUUCACCACAUCUCUUCCCUUAAGUAUCUCCGUGUUGGUAUAGAUUGUAGAGAAGCAAGAGCUUGUGAGGUUGAGGUUACAGAGGCCGCGGUCAGGAAUGCCACCAGUGUCCUUCACAACAAUCUCCAUAUUGAAAUUGAAAGACACUGGCCAGGACAGAUGGUAAAAGACGAGACGGGAAGCACAGAUGAUCAUGAACAAGACAGGUCUUAAGACAUAUUAGGAAGAGGCAGUCGAUGGAAAGAUCAUUCAAGACAAGCGAGAAAAUUCUAGGAUGUAGAUGACUGCGAUUGGUCAGCGGUGAGAG